AUGGCGGGAAGGGAGCAGGGAGCGUGGGGGGAGGAAGAGUUCUUGCAGGCGUACGCCCCGCGAGGUCGAGCAGGAGGCUCCUGCGGGGAUCUGCAGAAGCUCCUGGACGAGGUCGAGGGGGUGGGGGAGAGGUGGGGGGUGACGGUGCAGUUGGAGGAGGAUGCAGACGAAGUAGAGCACGCAGUUGCGAUUAUCAGGAAGAUUUCAGAUGCCUUCUCAUCGUUCAAGGCGGAGAGCGAGACGACGGAGAGAAGGCUGAGGGAGAGGAUCGCGAGGCUCGAGGAGCAGCUCUUCCAAGCGAAGCAGAAGGAAGCAGAGCUCUCAGCGCGGUUGCACGUCAUGGAGAAGUUCGCGGUCCUGCCUCAUGUGGAUCAGAACGAGCUGGGAGUCGGCGCGAUGAUAGAUGAGAUGCUCAACACAGCUGAAGUGAACUUCCGCCUCGCAAACCAGGUGGAUCUCCUGAGGACUGCGGCUGAGGAGGCGAUUCGUGCAGCAGACUACAAGGAACAGGAUGGAGAAGUGCUAUAUCAGCUUUGGGCGCAGGAUACGAUGCACUCAAUCACUGCUGUGGAUGGUACUAGGGCAGAAGCGUUGGAGAACCUCUCAGCCAUCGAGGAGCAGCUUUUGAUGCUGCAGGCACUUGCUCGCAAGAAGACAAGGGCGCAGCUGGCGGAGAUGCAGCUGGUCAAGGAGAUAUCGGAGCUCCACCACAAGGAGAUCGAGUCCCUGAAGCUUGAGCUGCAGAAGCUUUAUGAUCUCUUGAACAAGAAGAUCGUCGAUGACGGCAAGACGAAUUCUCUGCAAGACCUGUGGAACAUGUUAAAAGCAAUCAUGAGCGAAAACUCAAAACUCUCCCAAGACUUGCGCGACUUGCAAGCUUCCCUCACACUCAAGAAAUACGAGACCGUCGUUGAAGGGCAUCAAACCUCAUCGCAAGCGCCUCUACAACCUGCAUUUUCCUUGAGGAAGGACAUUCCUGCAAGGAGCGACCACAGAAUCGUCCUUGCUUCUCAGCGAGGAACAGAAAGGAAGUACCUGACAGUUGGGCAAUUUCGCAGUUUUACGCAGCAGCACCUGGCAUGGAAAGACGAAAGAGGACAGUCUACGAUCAUCGGGCUCAUCGGAGGAACCAAACCUGCAUGCAGAACUUUUGGCUCUCAAGAUACAUAA